AUGAGCGAGCCCACAUUAAGAAAGCAUAAUGCGACUGAAUCGUCGGGUGAACAAGCCCAUGACCCAACAACAACAACAACAAUGACUCAUGAAGAGCCACCUCUUAAACGUACAAAGUUGGAACCAUCGGAUAACCAGCAAGAGUCGACCACUGGACGAUCGUCGCUUGAAGAUAACAACAACGCUACUACUCCACCCAAGCCAUACAACAGCAAUGAAGGACCUGGAAUGCGCAUGUCUGUAUCGGCUGUGUUGGCAGGCAAUACACGGGAUUUGUGGCACCGAGGAUCACCUUCCACUGGUUAUGCACGUCUUUCGCCUCACAAGACUUUAUCACCCACACCACCUCCACCUCCAGCACCUCCAGCAGCAGCAGCAGCUGUUACAAAGGAUCCAGUCAAUACUACUUCUACUAGUGACAAAAAAGCAGCAGCACCAUCAUCAUCAUCAUCAUCUUCAUCAUCUUCAUCCACUGACAGCAAUGCUUCACCCAAGCCCAACUCUGCCAACAUCACCAGUGAACAACUCGUUCGUGCUCUUACUUCUUCUCGAGAGGUAUUAGAGUCAUCAUCAGAUACGUCAUCCACACCCCAAGUAUUAGGCAAUGCUCUUGCUGCUGUAGCUGCUGCUACGGUCAAUCGAUCAUCCACAUCAUCUUCAUCUUCAUCUUCCAACACCGGCUCCUCCUCCACUGCUGCUGCUGCUGCUAUUGGCAAUUUGGCUGCUAAUAUCUCUACCAUUCUUCAUGCUAAUGCCAAUGAUGCGGAUCCAGAAAGUGCACGUCGAGCAAGUGGUAUCCUCACCAAUCCAACAGCAUUGACACAAGUACUGGAUCAAGCCAUUCGGUUGGGAACGCAACAGCAAAAAAGGAAAUCGACUCAUGAUGAGGAAGAGGAAGGAAAAAAGACAUCCAAGGGUGAAGAAAACAAGGGGUUUCAACGCAUUGUACGUAACGAGAAGGCAUGGAAGGCAUUGGAAGGAUAUCAAGAAAAACGCUUAGGCUCUUGGUUGUAUUCACCCGAGUUAUUACUACCCAUUGAUUCAUCCCAAUUGAAUGGCUUGGUGGAGAUAUUGGUUCCUGCAAGAUACCUUUCAUACAACAACCCAAAAGUACAAAAACGAGCUGUUUGGGGCACGGAUAUCUAUACUGAUGAUUCGGAUGUGGUAUCAAUGAUUGUCCAUUGUGGAAAAUAUAGCAUGCCAUUUAUUGAACCUGAUCUGGAUGUCCAUGACCCCGUUUCGAUUGCAUUGGGUGCUACUUUGGAUGAACCUAUCAAGUCAAAAAAGACGUCCUAUCCUAUACCCGACCAUGAUCUCAAGGUCACUUUGCGUGUGAUGCCUGCUUUGAAAUGUUACACUGGCACUGUACAACAUCAUAUUGGAUCACGGAGCUGGGGAGGCAAUCAUGAUGGACUCAGUUAUUGGGUAGAGCAUGUUGAAAAGUUAAAGAGAGGCGAUGCACAACCGAAAGGAAGACAUGGUAUCAAAGCCAACAUGAAUCGUUAUGCUUGUGAAAGGUAUCGAACCUUGGGAUUCCCAAUCAAAGAAAAGGAAGAGGAGGAAGAAGAAGAAGAGGAUCAAGUCCCUGUUCCCCAAAUCAAAUCUGCCAUGGUACGAAAGAAGAAAAGAACCGUUUCAGCAUCACCAUCACCACCACCCACGCCCACAUCCCAAUCUGUUUCAUCAUCAAGUCAUCGACGACGUCCCUUUCGACGAGCAGCUGGCAGGGCAAGAAAUAGGAAUAGGGUCUAG